GUCACGUCACUGUUUUUCUCAUUCAACAGCAAGCACAAGUCAACGUCAUCUUACAAAAUCCGUAGGGUGUAAUGUUUUGUAAAAUAUUAUUUUAGUUUUAGAAACUUAAGAACAACAGACUCUUGAAAGUCUUUAAAAUGGUGCUUAUAGCAGCGGCGGUCUGUACUAAGGCCGGUAAAACCAUAGUCUCUCGACAGUUUGUUGAGAUGACAAAAGCCCGCAUUGAAGGUCUUUUAGCGGCUUUCCCUAAACUUAUCCCCACAGGAACACAACAUACCUUUGUGGAAACUGACUCAGUCCGAUAUGUAUAUCAACCACUUGAGCGCCUUUACAUGCUCCUCAUUACCACAAGAGCUAGCAACAUUUUGGAAGAUUUAGAAACUCUGAGGUUGUUUGCAAAAGUGAUUCCUGAGUAUUGCCGCUCACUGGAGGAAAAUGAAAUUGCAGAAAACGCAUUCUCUUUAAUUUUCGCUUUUGAUGAAAUUGUAGCUCUUGGGUACAGGGAAAGCGUCAAUUUGAGUCAAAUUCGCACAUUUGUUGAGAUGGACUCACAUGAAGAAAGGGUUUAUCAGGCCGUCAGACAGACUCAAGAACGCGAAGCUAAAAACAAAAUGCGUGAAAAAGCUAAAGAAUUGCAACGCCAACGAAUGGAAGCCAACAAAAAGGGUGUUAAACCAUCAUUUGGCAGCAGUGGAGGCUUUGGUAGCUCGUCUGGUUAUACUCCUGCACCUUCAGUAGGCGAUGUGGCCAAUAUUUCAAACGAUAUCAAACCACCAGCUUAUUCUGCUCCUCAGUAUGACACAAAAUCACUGAUUUUUUUUUUAUUUAAUCAUUGUCUCAAUAGGAAACCAUCGACUCGAGGAAUGAAAUUGGGUGGCAAAGGUCACGACGUUGAAUCUUUUGUAGAUCAACUAAAAUCUGAAGGUGAAAAUGUCAUUGCACCAAUUAAUAACAGUAUUUCACAAGGAGGAAUGAAAACACCAGCUAUUAAGUCCGAUAUUAAUGAUGUUCAUUUGAGACUGGAAGAAAAACUUAUCGUUCGAAUGGGCCGUGAUGGCGGAGUGCAACAAUUUGAAUUGUUAGGAUUGGUGACACUGCACAUCGGGGACGAAAAAUGGGGUCGAAUUCGCGUGCAAUUGGAAAACAAAGACACCCGUGGCAUCCAGCUACAAACCCAUCCCAAUGUAGACAAGGAACUUUUUAAAUUGCGUUCCCAAAUUGGACUAAAACAACCAUCAAAACCAUUCCCGUUGCACACAGACGUCGGUGUUCUAAAAUGGAGAUUGCAAAGCACAGAUGAGAGUCUAGUGCCCCUCUUGAUCAAUUGUUGGCCGUCUGAAGUUGGCGAUGGUAGUUGCGACAUCAACAUAGAGUACGAACUUGCCGAUCCGAAUUUAGAACUGGCUGAUGUCAAUAUUUUGAUUCCAUUGCCGAUGGGUUGUAACCCAGUUGUGGGCGAAUGUGACGGCUCAUACACGCAUGAGUCAAGGCGUAACCAGUUAAUAUGGAAUCUACCGAUUAUAGAUUCAAGCAAUAAAACUGGAUCUUUGGAAUUUAGUGCGCCCCGAUCUAUUCCUAAUGACUUUUUUCCGGUGACAGUUUCUUUUAGUUCGAAAUCUGCUUACGCAAAUAUUAAGAUUCUUGAUGUAUUAAUGGUGGAUGAUGAUUCUCCUGUUAAGUAUUCUGUUGAAACUAGCUUGUUUCCUGAGAAAUAUGAAAUAGUGUAAGUGUCACAGUAGGCUACGAUAGUUAAUGAAAUGAUAUAAUAAUAAUAAAUUUCACUUGUAUAAAUAUUACUAAUAUUUUAUUCGUUCUUGCUUUUUGUACAAAAUUUAGUUUGUUUAAUUUUUAUCUCUAUAAAUAAAAUAAGUCAGGAGUAUAUUUAUAA